GUUUAAUCCCAUUGGCUAGCCCUGUCCUAUGUUUCUACCUAUUAUUAUUUCAUUCCAUGUGUCGCCAGCUCUUGAUUUCCCAGUCUUUCUUUUCCGGUCGGUGUCAUCAUGGGUAUAUCCCGAGAUCACUGGCAUAAGAGGCGAGCUACUGGUGGGAAGAGGAAGCCCAUCAGGAAGAAGAGGAAAUUUGAACUAGGUCGACCUGCUGCUAAUACUAAGCUUGGAGCACGCAGAAUCCACACUGUGAGAACACGAGGUGGAAAUAAGAAAUACAGAGCUCUGCGUUUGGAUCAGGGCAACUUCUCCUGGGGAUCAGAAUGCUGCACUCGCAAGACCCGUAUCAUUGAUGUCGUGUACAAUGCAUCAAACAAUGAGUUGGUGCGAACGAAGACCCUAGUGAAGAAUGCCAUUGUCGUUAUUGAUGCCACUCCUUUCAGACAGUGGUACGAGUCGCACUACGCUCUGCCCAUUGGUAGGAAGAAGGGAGCGAAACUGACAGAGCAAGAGGAAGCCAUGUUGAAUAAGAAGAGAUCAAAGAAGGUGGAGAGGAAGUACAAGACGAGACAGCGGUUGGGCAAGGUGGAGCCACCUCUUGAGGAACAGUUCCAGACAGCUAGAGUUCUAGCGUGCAUUUCCAGCAGACCAGGACAGUGUGGACGAGCAGAUGGAUAUAUCCUUGAAGGCAAAGAACUGGAGUUCUAUAUGAGGAAGAUAAAGGCCAAGAAAGGCAAAUAGGCUUAAUGUUUCCAUUGUCGUAACUGUUUUUAUUAAAUUGAAGUUAUGACAUUG